CCUCGAAGCCACUGCAGUCGCUACCCGCGGUGGCUCACUGCGGCGGAGAAGCAUCGCGACCUCGUCAACCCUUCUCUCGCCACCGCCACCGCCACCUUCCCUGCGCCGCUACUUCGCCGUCCCCUGAGCCCCCGAUCCCCUCCUUCCUGAGGGGCUGUAACCUUUGGCGAGAGCUUCCGCCUGAAACCCUAGGGCUCUGCUUGCCUCUUCGUUUCGAUGACGCUAGAAUCCAAAUACGUCAACGAGGAAUGCCUGCAGGAGUGGAAGGGUUCGAACGCUGGGUUCAAGGUCGCCGAUCCGGUCCCCAUGGGCCGCUUCCUCUACGAGCUUUGCUGUGCCGUGGUUCGUGGAGAUUUGCCGACCCCAAAGUGCAAGGCGGCGUUGGACUCGGUCGUGUUCGUGGAGGAGCAACAGCUGGAGGAUAUGAGUUCUGUCUUGGCCGAUACCAUUGCUCAUAUGGGGCAAGAUAUUACAAUGCCCGGGGAGAAUCGGGCUCGUCUUAUCAAAUUGACUAAAUGGCUAGUUGACUCGUCACUGGUUCCAUCUAGGCUUUUGCAGGAGAGAUGCGAGGAAGACUUUUUGUGGGAAUCUGACUUGAGUAAGAUUAAAGGUCCAGAUUUGAAAAUGAAGGAGGUCAGAGUAAACACUCGCCUUCUUUAUCAACAAACUAAGUUCAAUCUUCUAAGAGAAGAGAGCGAGGGAUAUGCCAAGCUGGUAACACUUCUUUGCCAAGGUGUAUUGGAAGGGAUGUCUGCAAACACUUCUACAGUGACAAUUAGCACAAUAAAGUCAUUGAUUGGACAUUUUGAUCUGGACCCCAAUCGUGUCUUUGAUAUUGUUUUGGAAUGCUUUGAACUCUAUCCUGACAACCACACUUUCUAUGAUCUGAUACCUAUUUUUCCGAAGUCACAUGCUGCUCAAAUUCUGGGGUUUAAGUUCCAAUAUUAUCAACGGUUAGAAGUAAACAGUCCUGCUCCACCAGGGCUUUUCCGGUUAACAGCUUUGCUUGUCAAAGCUGAGUUCAUAGAUCUGGAUAGUAUAUGCUCGCAUUUGCUUCCAAAGGAUGAUGAGGCAUUUGAACUCUAUGAUGGAUUUGUAGCAAGACGUUUGGAUGAGGUUAACAAGAUUGGCAAAAUUAAUCUUGCUGCAACUGGCAAAGAUCUAAUGGAUGAUGAAAAGCAAGAUGUUGCUAUUGAUCUAUUUGCUUCUUUGGAUAUGGAGAGUGAAGCAAUCAAAGAACGGGUGCCAGAAGUUGGAAAUAACCAAAAACUUGGUUUAUUAAUCGGCUUCCUUUCCGUUGAUGAUUGGUACCAUGCCCAAAUUCUCCUUGAUCGACUUUCUCGUCUAAAUCCAGUUGAGCAUAUUGACAUUUGUGAUGGAUUAUUCAGGCUCAUUAAGAAGACUAUGUCAAGAGCUUAUGAUUUAAUCAGUCAAACAAGCUUUAGAAGCCUUGGAAGCCUUAGUUAUCCUUGCUCUGAUUCCUUGGAUGCAACAGUUGCCGCUUCCAAGCUGAAUAUUUAUGAUGAUCUUCCCCAGGAAUUUUUUCAAAUGAUUGCUGCUGUUGGACCAUACCUCUACCGUGAUACAAUUCUGCUUCAGAAGGUGUGCAUAUUGUUAAGGGCAUAUUAUGUAUCUGCACAAGAUAUUUCCAGUACUGUCUCAUGUGCUGAUUUGAAUGAUGCAAAGAACCGAGAUCCUCGUUUUCGAGCUAAAGAAGCUAGACAUAGAGUUGAGGAAGCUUUAGGAACAUGUUUACUCCCCUCCCUGCAAAUGGUACCUGCAAAUCCUGCAGUUGGCCAGGAGAUAUGGAACAUUCUGUCUAUGCUUCCUUAUGAGGCCCGUUAUCGUCUAUAUGGUGAAUGGGAGAAGGAGGAUGAACAAAAUCCAAUUCUUCUGGCAGCAAGGCAACUUGCAAAGUUGGACACAAGGAGAAUUUUGAAAAGGCUUGCAAAGGAAAACUUGAAACAACUGAGUCGCAUGGUAGCCAAGCUUGCUCAUUCUAAUCCGAUGACUGUUCUCCGCACAAUAGUUCAGCAGAUUGAAGCAUAUAAGGAUAUGAUAACACCUGUUGUGGAUGCAUUCAAGUACUUAACACAGUUGGAGUAUGACAUGCUGGAAUAUGUGGUGAUUGAGCGUCUAGUAUAUGGAGGGCGAUCUAAGCUCAAAGAUGAUGGCCUUAAUCUGUCAGAUUGGCUUCAAUCUCUUGCAUCCUUCUGGGGUCAUCUUUGUAAGAAGUAUCCUUCCAUGGAGUUGAGAGGUCUUUUUCAGUAUCUUGUCAAUCAGUUGAAGAAGGGCACUGGUAUUGAGCUUGUUCUUUUACAGGAACUUAUUCAGCAAAUGGCAAAUAUGCAAUACACUGAAAAUAUGACUGAAGAACAACUUGAUGCUAUGUCUGGAAGCGAGACUUUGCGGUAUCAGGCUACUCUCUUUGGAAUGACUAAAAAUAAUAAGGUACUGAGUAAAUCCACCAACAGGCUGAGGGAUGCAUUGCUACCUAAGGAAGAACCAAAGUUGGCUAUUCCACUUCUAGUACUUAUUGCUCACCACCGCUCCAUGGUUGUCAUGAAUGCAGAUGCGUCAUACAUCAAAAUGGUUAGUGAACAGUUUGACAGGUGUCACGGCACACUCCUGCAAUAUGUAGAUUUUCUAUGCAAUGCAUUGGCUCCUGCAGCUUAUGCUCAAUUAAUUCCUUCUUUAGAUGAACUUGUGCAAAAGUACCAUCUGGACCCAGAGGUUGCCUUUCUGGUAUACCGGCCCGUGAUGAGACUCUUCAAAAGAAUGCAUGGAUCUGAUUCUUGCUGGCCCCUUGACACCAUUGACUAUUCAAACAAUGAAACUGAAGAAAAUGAAGUAGAGCCUUCAAAUUCAUCAAAUGAUGUUGUAUUGGAUCUUGGUUCACCAUGGAGACCUAUAAUGUGGUCAGAUCUUCUUGCUACAGUCCAGUCAAUGCUUCCCUCAAAAGCUUGGAAUAGCCUUUCUCCAGAUCUGUAUGCCACAUUUUGGGGGUUAACUCUUUAUGAUCUUCAUGUUCCCAGAAACAGGUAUGAGGCAGAGAUUGCCAAACAACAGUCUGCCAUGAAAGCCUUGGAAGAGAUUUCUGACAACUCAAGUAUUGCAAUCACAAAACGUAAAAAGGACAAGGAAAAGAUUCAAGAGGUUUUAGAUAGAUUGACUAGUGAAUUUCAAAAGCAUGAGCAGCAUGUCUCAUCUGUGCUCCAACGGCUUGCUCGUGAAAAGGAUAAGUGGCUAAGUUCCUGUCCUGACACUUUAAAGAUCAACAUGGAGUUUCUUCAGCGAUGCAUUUUCCCUCGUUGCACUUUCAGCAUGCAAGAUGCUGUAUAUUGUGCUAAUUUUGUGUUUACCUUGCAUUCUCUUGGAACACCUUAUUUUAACACAGUGAACCAUAUAGAUGUUCUUAUCUGUAAAACCCUGCAACCUAUGAUCUGCUGCUGCACUGAAUAUGAAGCUGGAAGACUUGGAAGGUUUUUGUAUGAGACAUUAAAAAUGGCAUACCACUGGAAGAGUGACGAGUCUAUUUAUGAAAAUGAAUGCGGAAACAUGCCUGGAUUUGCCGUUUAUUACAGAUUUCCAAACAGUCAGCGUGUCACUUACAGCCAGUUUGUUCGAGUACACUUCAAAUGGAACACAAGAAUAACACGGUUACUUGUACAGUGCUUGGAAUCUAGUGAAUACAUGGAAAUAAGAAAUGCACUUAUUGUUUUAACCAAAAUAUCUAAUGUGUUCCCUGUUACCCGAAAGUCUGGACUUAAUCUUGAGAAAAGGGUGACCAAGAUUAAAGGGGAUGAAAGAGAGGAUUUGAAGGUUUUGGCCACUGGAGUUGCUGCGGCAUUGGCUGCUCGUAAGAGCUUAUGGGUUUCUGAAGAAGAAUUUGGCAUGGGCAUUGUAGAGUUGAAAUCAACAGCAUCAGCUGCAAAAUCAGUACCUGGUAAUUUUUCAACGUCUUUAUCAACUGCAACAUUACUCCAAAGGAUGUUAAGAGGACCAAAUUCUUCUACAGGAAAUCAGAUUGUAGACCCUUUGAGCACAGGCAAGGAACAUAUCCAACACAUGAAAUCUACUGAUAGAACAGAUGGCGGAAGUGUUUUGAAGCCUGAUUCUACACAACCGAAAGUGAAAACUGGCCUUCUGGCAAAUGGGCAGGAAACAAACUUCUCUAUAUCUGCUACAAUGAGUAAGAAUUCUGGUCUUGUGAAAAACAUCGAUGAAUCCAUGAGAUCAGAUGAUGUGAGUGCCAAAGCUUAUACUAAAGGUGCUGCAGAAUCCGAUACAAGAGUACUGCAAAAACGAGCUUCUAUUCCAAAGUUGAUAAAACAGGAGGUUGCCAAAGAAGACAACAAAUCUGGAAAACCAGUUAGCAGGAGUGCCAGUCAACAGUCUUCUAUAUCUGCAGACAAAGAUACCCAAGUUUAUCCAGCUGAUACUAGGGAGGGUGGAACUAUUGUUACUUCUUCUGCAGUAUCCAAUGGCAUCUCUGUGCCUGCUUCUGCAAAAGCAUCAGUUGCAUCUACUAGAAUGAAUGAAAUGCAUGAAAAUGUGGAAACUUCUGAUGCAUCCAUUAGACAACAGAAGAGAACAUUUCCUGGUGAAGAACAAGAAAAAACAUACAAACGCAAGAAAGGGGAAACUGAAACUAAAGAUGGUGAAAUUACUGAUGUACGAGUUUCUGAUAAAGAAAGAGGUCAUGAUGCAAGAGCAAUGGAUAAAUCUCCUUUUCUGGAGCCUGAGAAGCCUUCUUUGGAAGAGCAGAGUACUAAUAGAUCACUGGAUAAAUCAAAGGAUAAAACUAAUGAAAGACAUGAAAAGGAUCACAGAGAAAAGUCGGAUCGCACUGACAAAGAUCUUCAUGACAAAUCAAGAGAUAGGUCACUGGAGAGGCAUGGAAGAGAGCGUUCUAUUGAAAAAAUACAAGAUAGGAGCACCGAUAGAAAUCUUGAUAGGUCAGUUGAGAAAGCUAGAGAGGAUAGAAGUAAAGAUGAUCGGACCAAGCCCAGGCAUACUGAGAUCUCCACAGAUAAGACACAUCUCGAUGAACGAUUUCAUGGACAAAGUUUGCCUCCACCUCCACCAUUACCUCCCAGUUUUGUUCCUCAAUCAGUGGGUAGCAGUAGAAGAGAUGAUGAGACUGACAGAAGAACUACUAACACAAGACACAUCCAGCGACUUUCUCCUAGACAUGAUGAAAAAGAAAGGAGGCGAUCAGAAGAGAAUACUUUAACCUCCCAAGAUGAUUCAAAACGUAGAAGAGAGGAUGACUACCGUGAAAGAAAGCGUGAUGAACGGGAUGGACCAUCAGUCAAGAUGGAUGACAGGGAAAGGGAUAAAGUACCCAUGAUGAAGGAUGAUACGGAACUCAUUGCAGGCUCCAAGCGAAGGAAACUGAAGAGAGAACACAUGUCUGAAACAGGUGGAGAGUAUUCCCAAGCUGGUCAGCUACCUUCCUCACUUGCUCCAGGAAUGCCUCAGUUAUAUGAUGGUAGAGAAAGGGCAGACAAAAAGGCAGUCAUAGGGCAGCAACGUGCUGCAUACAUAGAGGAAGCACCAAGAAUACAUGGGAAGGAAGCUGUAGGCAAAAUUAACCGAAGGGAAUCUGAUCAACUACAUGAAAGGGAAUGGGAAGAAGAAAAGCGAAGACCUGAAGCAAAAAGGAAGCACAGAAAGUAGUCAGCGAUGAGCAUCUAUGUGCUGAUGUUCUAGGAGCAACAUCACAAGCUAUUGCAGGCUUAGCCAGGUGUAAGAUAACAUCUAAUGGUGUCAAAAUUUUGUUGAGCUAUGAACCUGUUACCUCGAUGAGUACAUCUAGUGUUUCUGCUGUCUGUGCCAUGCCAGUGCUGUCGGGGAUCAGAAUAAACUCAGAAGAUGGAUUCAACGAUGGAAUUUGUAGUACUGCAUUUGUGGACCUUGCCACAAGCAGAUCUAUUAAGCUUUCAGAUUCUACAGCACAGAAGAUGACAGAAUUCUCAUUAACUAUUCCACUGUAUCUGCAUUGUUUAUGGUGUGUCAUUAUCCUUACAGAUCCAUUUGUGGUAGCCAAUCAUGAAAAUAUUAAUUAUGAUGAUUGUGAUAUAAUUUAUUUGGACAUUGUUGGGAGAUCGGCGCAGCGUGCAACAGUGUGUAGAUUGGAACUAGAUUUAAAUUAAUUUUGCAAGCAUCCA